AUGGAUCUUCCGUUUGCUGGGAGUCUCAGUAGUACUGAUGGUGAAAGCAAUGAGGAGGUGGGAAGAAGUGAAGAGGACAGAGAGUUCUUCUCGGGAGACGAUUUCGAGUACGAACAAACCGGUACGAGUGAGGAUGAUACUAGUAGCAGUGGCUCGGAACAAGAGGACGUUGUAGCUUCACUCUUGGCCUUGCCCAAUCCACCACAACAUUCCUCCAUGCAACUCACAAGUCAAGAAAAAUCUUGGUCCUUGGCCAUCAAACACUUUGUGGAAAAGGAAUCCGAAGAAUUGUGUCCUUUGGCAGACAUGGAAUAUGCCGUCUACGCCAUUAUUUCACAUGGCAACCUAGCCGAUGCCAUGCGGAGAAUACAGGGAAUUCAAGCCUUUCGAGAAGCUUAUCGAGUGGACGUAUCACCACAGCAAGGAGUUCACAUGAUAGAAGAAUUUCUAAACCAGCAACCACGAGCUAUGCUUUACAUUGAUGUCGAUGUGGAAACCUUGCAGGGGAUUAAUGUAUGGAAUGCUGGAGCCCUCGACUUCAACAAGGCACUUGCCACGGAAGCCACCUGGAGAACAUACAUUGUGGGCGCUUAUUACAUGUACUACGCAUGUCAACCUACACUUCAAACGGUUCGACAAGGGCAUGCCGUCAUGGCAGAUUUUACAGCAUUCUCUUGGGAUACCAAACACAUCAAUGAGGAGUAUCACAGCAGAUAUGCAGGAGAAAUGUUUUCCUUCUUUCCAGUACGGUUUGCAAAGUAUCUCGCUUUCAACACAGGAUUCCCAGCUACUGUGGCAUGGACCAUGUUGAAGCGAGUCUUUCCGCCUUCCUUGAUACAAGUGAUUCAGUUGGGGUGCGAGAUCCCAAUGGCAGAGGGUGAGCAAGUGCCAUCCACAUUGGAAGAAAAGUACCUACAGCCGUCAUUACAAGAGGCAAACAAUAGAACACUCUGCAGGGCACUGGAUCUUUUGUCCCUGCGGGCCAAGAAUCAGGCACUGUUUCAAUUAUGA